CACGAUUCGAGCGUUAUUCACCUGCUUAUUUUACCUGCAAGUGUUAAUUUUGAUUCUAAUCUAUCUAUAACGUGGUUAGUUUUGGUAAAAACAACAAUGUGUUCUAAAAAGUUAUUAUGCUAUGUUGCUAUUGGCCUAUUAAUCAUGGGAAUCUUUAUGGAUGGAGUUGAAGCAAGACGUAAAAUUUUGAAAGGUCGAAAAACAAUUACUAGACGUUAUUAUUGGGGAACUGCAAUACCAGCAUGGUCUAUAGUACUUCUAAUAGGAAUUAGCAUGCUACUUGCCGGCGGUGGACUCUACGUCCUAUUACAAAAAUUUGUGGUUGAUAAUGCUGAUACUGGAGAAAGCCAUGCAUCAUACCAACCUGCAUUGCAAACUGAAGCUGCACCUUAGAUAUCAAAUGUU